CAAGGAGGUCCGUUCUGCAGUACCUUUCCAGCAACACCGGCAACACCUUCAACCCCACGACAACACAUUACCUUCUUUGUAGCGAUUUAAUCAUUUUCGGGCGCAUUUAACGGUCUUUUGUCGAAUUUCGGGUUGAAUUCUUCUUCAACUUCAAUCGCGGCAGCUUCCUCGAUCAAUUUGGAGCUCGAUAUUGAAGCCUUCCCCACGAACAAUCCUCUGCGACCGAAGCUUCCUUCCACCGAGGCCCCUUCGUCUUCCUUUCGAAUGAAGUCUUAUUUGUGAAGGCUUGCGCCUCAGCGAUUGUCGCAGCCAUGUCUAAUACUAUUGAGCUGGUCGUCCAGCGGUUGAGCUCCCCCGACUCUGAUGUGAAAGUCAAAGUCGAAGCGGCGACUCAGCUGCGCGAUAAUCUCGAGCACUACAUUACGGGCAACAUCUACCCUGGAUUUCUGAAGAAGCUCAUGCCCAUCUUCAUCGCCUGUCUCAAAGGGCCCCCGGUUUUCAUUAGCACAUCCGCAGAGCAGAAACUACGAAGUUGUGUUCUCGAAAUCCUGCACCGGCUGCCUACGAACCCCCCGGAAGCCUUCGAACCAUAUGCGGAGGAGGUUGUGGAUUUGUUGAUGCACCUGGUGAAAGUUGACAAUGAGGAAAAUGCAUCGCUGUGUGUCAAGACGAUCAUGGAUAUCAUGCGGCAUCAGACCAAGGUUCUGCAGGACAAGGUGCAGCCUUUCUUGGGCCUCAUACAAGAGCUGUUCGACCAGAUGGAAUCGGUGGUACGAGACCAGCUUGACAACCCAGCACCAGGGGUUCCAUCUACACCGGGCAGCUCGCAAGCAUACCAGAACUCCCCUCGGCCGGGUUCGCCGGUUGCCUCUGUCUCCGAGUUUGGUGCCGAUCCGCAACAACAGACACGGCCACUGCUGAAGGGCAUGCAAUCCUUCAAGGUGCUCGCAGAAUGUCCCAUAAUCGUGGUUUCAAUUUUCCAGGCAUACCGAAACACAGUGGGGGGGAAUGUCAAGCUCUUCAUACCCCUCAUUAAGAGCGUACUCCUCCUCCAAGCCAAACCCCAAGAGCAGGCACAUCUUGACGCUGAAGCAAAGGGAACGAUCUUCACUGGAGUCAGUCCUAAUAUCCGCAAUCGAGCCGCUUUUGGAGAGUUCAUCACGGCACAAGUCAAGACGAUGAGCUUUCUAGCAUACCUCCUUCGUGUAUAUUCGCAACAACUUACCGAUUUUCUGCCGACUCUUCCCAAUAUCGUCGUUCGCUUGUUGAAGGAUUGUCCACGCGAGAAGUCGGGAGCGAGAAAGGAACUUUUGGUGGCCAUUCGACACAUUAUCAACUUCAAUUUUCGCAAGAUUUUCCUGACGAAGAUUGACGAGCUUCUCGACGAGCGGACUUUGAUUGGAGAUGGCUUGACGGUUUACGAGACUAUGCGACCCCUUGCAUACAGUAUGCUCGCAGAUCUCAUCCACCAUGUGCGAGAUGCUCUUGAGCCUCAACAGAUUCGAAAGACCGUGGAGGUUUACACCAAGAAUCUGCAGGACAGCUUUCCCGGUACAAGUUUCCAGACGAUGAGCGCGAAAUUGCUUCUUAACAUGGCUGAGUGUAUCGCCAAGAUGGACAACAAGGCCGAUGCCCGACAUUAUCUCAUCAUGAUUUUGAAUGCGAUCGGAGACAAGUUCGCAGCCAUGAAUCGGCAGUAUCCCAACGCCGUCAAGUUGUCGAAAUUAUACGCACAGCAGUCGAUUGAUGCCUCGCCCGAUAACUACCUUGCGGACAAGGACCAUCCCCCGGAUUGGGAUGAGAUUGACAUCUUCACUGCCAUGCCAAUAAAGACUUCGAAUCCUCGAGAUCGUGGAGCAGACCCAGUGGCAGACAACAAGUUUCUCUUCAAGAAUCUCAUGAAUGGUUUGAAAAACACUUUCUACCAACUGAAGGCUUGCAAUGGUGGUACUCCGAUUGAUCAAGUCAAUGCGCCCCAACAUUGGCAAGAAGUGUCCUAUGGGUUCUCGGCGGAAGAAGUCCAAGUCAUCAUUAAGCUCUUCCGGGAAGGUGCUUAUGUCUUCAGAUAUUACGAAAUUGAGAAGCCGGCCACAGAGUCGCAAUAUUCCUCACCGGUCGAAUUUAUGGCCAACCAUUACAUGAUCUCUAGUAGCAAGGAAGAGAAAGACCUCCUUGAGACCUUUGCCACCGUGUUCCAUUGCAUCGACCCGGCGACAUUCCAUGAGGUCUUCCACGAGGAGAUUCCAAAGCUGUAUGACAUGAUAUUUGAGCACACUGCUCUUCUCCACGUACCACAAUUCUUCCUUGCCAGCGAGGCCACAUCGCCAAGUUUUGCCGGGAUGCUCCUCCGAUUCCUCAUGGACAGGAUUGAUCAGGUCGGCACCGCAGAUGUGAAGAAGUCGUCGAUUCUCCUUCGGCUUUUCAAGCUUGCAUUCAUGGCAGUUACGCUAUUCUCGAACCAAAAUGAGCAAGUCCUAUUACCGCAUGUUCUUGACAUCGUCACCAAGUCAAUUGAACUGUCGACCACUGCAGAGGAGCCCAUGAACUACUUCCUUCUUUUGAGAUCGCUCUUCCGAAGUAUUGGUGGUGGCAAGUUCGAGCAUCUUUACAAGCAGAUUUUACCACUCCUCGAGAUGCUUCUCGAGGUGCUCAACAACUUGCUCUUGGCAGCCCGAAAGCCCGCUGAUCGAGAUCUGUACGUCGAGUUGUGCCUGACCGUCCCCGCUCGAUUGAGCAAUCUUCUGCCGCAUCUCAGCUACUUGAUGCGUCCUCUUGUAGUAGCCCUUCGAGCAGGCUCGGAUCUCGUUGGCCAGGGCUUACGAACUUUGGAGCUUUGCGUUGACAAUCUCACCGCUGAUUACCUUGAUCCGAUUAUGGCGCCCGUCAUUGACGAAUUGAUGACUGCUCUUUUUGACCAUCUCCGACCCACACCGUACAGCCACUUUCACGCUCAUACCACAAUGAGAAUUCUCGGAAAACUUGGAGGUCGAAAUCGAAAGUUCAUGACAGGGGCACCUGAUCUCACAUUCCAACAGUUCUCCGACGACGUCACGAGCUUCGAUUUGAAACUCAUCGGCUCAAAGAAGGACCGGGCUUUCCCAGCGGAAAUCGGCAUCGAUCUUGCCAUUGGAAAGCUGAUGGAAAUCCCAAAGGGUGCCGCAGCCAAGAAGUCCGAUACAUAUUACAAGAAGCAGGCACUGCAUAUGAUCAAGACGCAAUUGAAACUUCGUCUUGGAGUUGAUAGUCUUCCCGAGGAUUUCGGCCGGUUGCUACGAUUGGAAGCUCAGGAUCUCCUGGCACGAAAGUGUGACGUUGAUCUUUCCGCGCUGGAAGGCGCCGACCGAGAGCGAUCGGUGCUCAAGAAAGACGGACAGGAUCAUAUGCUGAAGAAGCUUAUCAAGGCCAUCGUACUUGCGGUUUCAUUGCCCGAGUUCACUGCUGAGGCCUCGGCCUUUUUAACCAAUAUCUGCAGACAUAUCGCAAUUCUGGAAGUUGGCAGAGCGCUGGCUGAGAUGAAGCAGAAAACGUUGCCUUUCAACGUCGAGACCGGCGAAGGCCCAUUAUUUAUUGACAGUCGGGUUCUUGGCGAUGCCAUCGUCGAGAGCUUGUCAUCAGACAUGAUCACUCUCCGCGAGGCAGCUCAGACUGCGAUCCGAGAGAUCUACGACACGACCACCACCAUCUUCGGGUCAGACAAAGAGAUCUACCGAUUAUCAUUUUUCACUCAUUUGAGUGCUCUCCUCUGCCACAACUGCUACGAAGAAGAAUGGUUUUCCAAGUCUGGUGGAAGUUUAGGCAUCAACUUCAUGAUCACGGAAAUCAAUAUGGGUGAUGCCUGGGUUCAAGAUAGACAAUAUGACUUCGCCCGAGCUCUUAUGUAUGUCAUCAAGGACAUGCCGCCGGAUCUGCCUGCCAAGACUCGCACAGUAGCGCAAGAUACACUCGAGCUUCUUUUGCGCCGUUGUACCAAGAACGCUUCCAGGAAUGACUUGCAGGCACCGCCAGCUUCCCAGCCUGGCCAACCGCAACAGCGACCGUCGAGACUGUACCAACUUUGUCUCAUGUUCAAUGGAGAGCUUUCCCACAUGAAUCGCCAUGUCCGGGAAGCAUGCAGACGAGCUCUUGAAAUCAUUUCCAAGGAGAUUGGUGCUGAGAUCCAUGAAUUACUCGAGCCUACAAAGGAGCGAUCCUUGCAGCUCAUCUACGCCAAACCUCUGAGAGCCUUGCCCUUCGGUGUGCAGAUUGGAUUCAUCGAUGCCAUCACUUACUAUAUGAACCUCAAAUCCGACUUCGUGGCGUUCGAUGAUCAAUUGAAUCGACUGUUGAUGGAGUCUCUAGCCUUGUCAGACGCUCCCGAUGAAUCCCUCGCAGGCAAGCCAGCUGAACAUCGAACCCACGAAUCGAUUAUCGCCCUUCGAGUUGCAUGCAUCAAGAUGUUGACGACUGCGAUGGGUUUCGACGAUUUCCAGAAAGGCCCAGCGAAUCCAACUCGCACCAAGAUUGUCUCCGUCUUCUUCAAGUGUCUCUACUCCGAGUCGAAGCAAACCAUCGAAGCUGCGAACAAUGCCUUGAAGGUUGUGCUUUCACAGACCACCAAGCUCCCAAAGGAUCUCCUGCAGAAUGGCCUGCGCCCGGUUUUGGCAAACUUACAAGAUCCGCGACGACUCAGCACUCACGGUCUUGAUGGCCUGGCUCGGUUGUUGCAGCUCUUGACGACUUAUUUCAAGGUGGAGAUCGGUGCCAGGCUACUGGACCACAUCAAAGUAUUGGCCGAACCUAGCACUUUGCAGCGGAUCUCGUUCACCCUGAUCGAGCAGAAUGAGCAGAUGAAGAUCAUCGCUGCGGUGUUCAAUAUCUUCCACCUCCUUCCUCCCGCCGCGGAACAUUUCAAGGAGAGACUUGUUGACACGGUUUUGGAUCUCGAGGAGAAGCUUCGCCGAACUAGAUACAGUCCCUUCCGUGCCCCACUGUACAAGUAUCUCAAUCGAUAUCCCAAGGAAGUCUGGCUUUUACUUCUUGGUAAGAUUGAAGAGCAAAAAUAUGGUCGUUUCCUUGCCCAAGUCCUCGAACAUCCCGACAGCGGUCCUCUGCGACAGGUGGUUGUCAACGAUGUGGAAUCACUGAUCAAGAACUGCGGAGACAUGGGCGCUGAGAACAAAGAAACUAGAUAUGCGGCUGUCAUCAAUGCGAUCAACAUCAUGCACUCGAUCAGCAAAUUCGAGAACGAGAAGACCAAGGAAUGGAUGGAAAAGAAGGAGAUCCUGACCUGGUUCAAGUUAGUUGGCAAGAACUUAGAACUCCACCUCCGGACCAACACUCUUCCACCAAACCUUCGACUUCCUGCAGAACAAGCAGGCGAACAGCUCAUGGUCAUCUUCACGAAAUUCCUUCAAUAUCAUCCCAAAGAUCAUGAUUCUCUGUUUAGUCUCGUUGAAUCGGUCACUGCUGAGGACUUCAAGCCCAGCCAGGCGUUAUUCAAUCAUAUCUACGACCACAUCAUCUGCUCCGACUCCAUCGAUUACUGGAAGACUGUGGUUAUGCGGAGUUUGGAGGUUUAUGCAGGCAAGACUGCAACGCAGAAGACAAAGACUUUCCUGCUGCAUAAUCUUGUCAAUCCCAUCAUUGCCAUGGACGUGAUGCGCUCUGCUAAGAAUCCAACGCCAUCCAGAAGCCCUCGCUUGAUGGACAAAGCAGUGAUCGAAUCAAUCCAUACCAAGAUCUGGAAGGUCAGCCUUGGCGAUUCAAACGAUGACCUCACCCAGCCAGGUAUUGAUCACACUCGAAUGGAAGUGCUGCAAUUGACGGCCAUGCUGGUUAAAUAUCACCACUCGAUUCUGCAAGAUGCGAGAAAGGACAUCAUCAAAUUUGGCUGGACAUACAUUCGACUUGAGGACGUUAUCAACAAGCAUGCUGCGUAUGUUGUCAUUGGAUACUUCAUCGCACAUUACGAGACACCUGCCAAGAUUGUCCAGCAAGUUUACUUCUCGCUCCUCAAGACCAAUCAGAAUGAGGGCCGAGCACUUGUCACCCAAGCUUUGGAGCUCAUCGCGCCUGUUCUUCCCAAACGCUGUAAUGCUCUGCCGGGCGAUCGGAAUCCAGUCUGGGCUGCAGCUCCUCGUCGCAUAUUAUCUGAGGAAGGACAGAAUGUGCAGCAAAUGACGAGUAUCUUCCAUUUCCUCGUAAAGCACGCAGAUUUGUUCUACGAAUCACGGGACAAGUUCAUCAACUUGAUUGUCAUCAAUCUGCGAAAGAUCGCCCAGCCCCCCAAUCCUUCGAAUGAAAGCAAGAAGCUAGUCCUCAAUCUGAUGACUCUCAUUUGGCAGUGGGAGCAGAAGCGAGUUGAGGGAAAGAAUGCUUCCCCUGUACGAGCAUUCUCUGAGUCUCCGAACACCAAGAAGCGCAAGCUGGAUAGCUUGAACGAACCGCAAACUUCCUCCCCAUCGCCAUCCAAACCCGGAUCAUCUCAAGGGCAGGUGGAUAGACCAGAUUAUAUGAUUCCAGGCAUGGUCCAGCAAAAGAUGAUCAAAUACCUAGUAGAAUUCAUCGCCUCCCUCACAGAAAGAUACCCGGUUCCAUCUGCAAAAUCACGCGAGCUUGCAGGACUCCAGGCACCAAUGCAACCUACACCGUCGACAGAGAUGUGCAAGAAAGCGAUUUCGCUUCUCCACGGUCUUUUGCAACCUCACUACUGGGGCGAAUCUUUUGUUGAUCUCUUCCCAAAUGUCACGGACACUGUUCUUGCAAGCGAGCGAACCGUGGCUGCUCUCGCCAGUGAACAUUCGGACAAGGAUAAGCCGGACGAGAAGUUCAUUACAAACAUGAUCAAUACUCUCCAGAUUGUGCGAAUCAUCGUAAACAUCAAGCCCGAUGCUUGGAUCUUGCAGAACCUGUCUAACUUGCAACGCAUUCUUGAAAAGUCGCUCAAGUCGGACAAUCCAGAAAUCCAAGACUGCUUGCAUGCUGUAGAUGAAGCAACUGACGAGGGUCGGAACAUGAAGCCUCUCCUCAAGCGUAUCCUUGAUGCUGUGCCAGAUGACGUCCCGAUGGAGGACGCUGAUGCUGAGGGUGAAGCUGAGGCCUCUACCUCCGAGAUCAUUACUUUCCUCUCCACGAUUGCCACCGAAACUCUCUCCGCUAACAACUACAUCUCCGGCAUCAACAUUCUCUGGACUCUCGCUCGACGGAAGCCGUCUGAAAUGGACCAACAUAUCAAUCAGGUUAUGAAGGCUUUGCAGUCGAAGCUUGCUCGGGAACAUGUUGCCCACUACACUGCCCUCAUGGGUCAAUCUGGAAUGAUUGCUCCUGUGCGACAAGGUGAAGCUGAACCCGCCGGCAUCAUGCCUCCAUACGAUCUGGAAAUCCAGACAGGACUCAUGCUCAAAGCUAUUGAUGUCAUCUCCCUGCGCAUGGAUGUUCUCGGAGACAACAGACGACCAUUCUUGAGUGUCCUUGCUACGUUAGUGGAAAAGUCUCUCAGCAACCCACUGUGUCUCAAGAUUUUGGAUAUGGUUGAGACAUGGGUUUUCAAGUCUGAAGGAUCUUGGCCAACACUCAAGGAGAAGACGGCUGUGUUACACAAGAUGUUGACCUUUGAAAAUCGGACCGAUCAAACUUUGUUAAUGAAGUUCCUCGAGCUUGUCAUCCGUAUUUAUGAGGACCCAAAAAUCACUCGGACCGAGCUAACUGUCCGGAUGGAGCACGCAUUCUUGAUCGGAACACGAGCACAGGACGUGGAUAUGCGAAACAGAUUCAUGGCCAUUUUCGACAAGAGUCAGUCCAAGACAGCAAGUGCGCGACUUGCCUAUGUCAUCUGUGCACAAAAUUGGGAUACCCUGGCCGAUUCGUAUUGGCUUGCGCAAGCAUCUCAACUUCUUCUAGGGGCUGUUGACAUGGGUAGCCAGAUUCAAUUCCACCACGAGGACUUUAGAGCCGUGCCGGCGUCCGUUCUCUUCCAAACAUACUCUAACGAUCCUCGAAGCCCUGCACUACCUGCUGAGGCCAAGUACGACAGUCUUUUGCUCUCGCACAAACGAUUUCUUGCCGAGCUUGGAGACGUCAAGGUGCGCGACAUCAUUGAGCCACUCUCACAGCUUCAACACUUGGAUCCAAAUGUAGCACAUGAGAUAUGGGUUGCCCUGUUUCCACUUUACUGGGCAGCGACUCCAAAGGACGAGAGAGGUGACUUGGAGAGAGGCAUGGUACAACUACUUACCAAGGACUACCACUCUCGCCAGGUCGACAAAAGACCCAAUGUUAUCCAAUCACUCCUCGAAGGUGCUGCCAGAGCUUGGCCGGAAUGCAAGAUUCCUCCCCAUGUUCUCAAGUUCGAGGCCAAAACGUACGAUGCUUGGUACACGGCCCUUGUCCAGCUUGAAAAUGCUGCAAUAAAACCCGAGAUUGACAGUGCAGUGGUUCGAGAGAGCAAUCUUGACGCCCUGGUUGAGUUAUACGCAGGCUUGAAUGAGGAUGAUCUGUUCUACGGAACAUGGCGACGAAGAUGUCUCUACGUCGAAACCAAUGCUGCUCUCUCAUACGAGCAAAAUGGGAUGUGGGACAAGGCUCAACACAUGUAUGAAGCUGCUCAAAUCAAGGCUAGAACGGGCGCAAUUCCAUUCUCGCAAGGCGAAUACAUGCUGUGGGAAGAUCAUUGGGUCCUGUGCGCAACCAAGCUUCAGCAGUGGGAGAUUCUGUCGGAAUUCGCAAAGCACGAAAACUUCCAAGAUCUCCUCCUAGAGUGUGCUUGGAAGCAGAUUGAUAUGUGGGCAGCUGCCGAUAAUCGCGAGACAUUGGAUCAACUCAUCAAAGGUCUCAUGGACGCCCCCACUCCAAGACGAACAUUCUUCCAGGCCUUUGUGUCUCUAUUGAAGCUUCACAACAAAACCGAAGGUCCAGCUGAAUUCAGCAAAGUUUGUGACGAGGCGAUCCAGCUUUCCAUCCGCAAAUGGCAUCAGCUUCCAAAGCGUAUUACAAAUGCCCACAUUCCUCUUCUGCAGAAUUUCCAACAGCUUGUGGAGCUUCACGAUGCCAGCGUCAUUUGCCAAAGUCUUGCACAGACUACUUCAGCGAACCUUGAUGUCAAGUCUGGCGAACUCAAAUUGUUGCUUGGUACCUGGCGUGAUCGUCUCCCGAAUGUAUGGGACGAUAUCACUGCUUGGCAGGAUUUGGUCACGUGGCGCCAGCACAUCUUCAGUCUGAUCAACACUACUUACUUGGGGCUUCUUCCACAACAAGGUCAAAAUGCCAAUGGUGCCUCCUUCGCAUACCGAGGUUAUCAUGAGACUGCAUGGAUUAUCAAUCGUUUCGCACACGUUGCCCGUAAACAUCAACUCCCUGAAGUCUGUAUCAGUCAACUGAGUCGAAUUUAUACCUUGCCAAACAUUGAGAUCCAAGAAGCAUUCUUGAAGUUAAGAGAACAGGCAAAGUGCCACUACCAAAACCCGUCAGAGCUCACCAAUGGUCUGGAUGUCAUCAACAACACCAACCUCAAUUACUUCGGGCCAAACCAGAAAGCCGAGUUCUAUACCUUGAAGGGAAUGUUCCUCGAAAAGCUUGGUCAGCGCGACGAAGCAGCUGAGGCAUACGGUAUGGCAUUGUUCUUCGACAUCAAGCUUCCAAAGGCCUGGGCAGAGUGGGGGUACUACAAUGAUCGUCUCUUCAAGGAAAACCCCACCAACUACACCUAUGCCAAGAAUGCGUUGAGCUGUUACCUGGAAGCUGCGGGGCUGUUCAAGAACGCCAAAUCCCGAAAGCUUCUCACUAGGAUCCUCUGGCUCUUGAGUCUUGACGAUGCGGAGGGCACACUUUCUACUCAAUUCGAUGACUACAAGGGAGAGACGCCUGUCUGGUAUUGGAUUACAUUUAUUCCUCAGCUUCUCACCGGACUUGGUCAUAAAGAGGCUCCAAAGGCGCAUACAAUUCUUGCCAAGAUCGCUAAGCAAUUUCCGCAAGCCCUUUAUUUCCAACUCCGAACGAACCGGGAAGAUAUGCUUGCCAUCAAGAAGGCCCAAGAUCAGAAGGAGGAGAGAGAGCGCCGCCUGAAAGCUCGAUCUCAAGCGCAGAACCCGGGCGCCGCAAACAAUACCACUCCCAAGCCCAAUGGCUCGCCCACUCUUCCGCGCUCCGAUACCCCUGCCGCUCCCCGCCCAGACAGUGCCGCUGGUUCAAGACCCGGUACUGCGAAUCCUGAAUCCAAUUCUAUUAUCAAAUCAGAACCUGGAGAGACCAAAGAAGCUGCAAAUGGGACCGACGUGGCGGCGAAUGGAGCAAAUGGACAACAGUCAUCACCGCCCCAACCUGCGCAGCCAAAACGUCCGUGGGAACACACGGAAGAAAUCUUGGCUGCUCUCAAGACCGCCUUUCCUUUGCUGGCGCUCUCCAUGGAGUCCAUGGUCGAUCAAAUCCAGAAGCACUUCAAGUGUCCACCUGAUGAAGAUGCGUACCGUCUCAUCACUGCGCUCCUUAACGACGCUCUUUCCUACGUCGGUCGAGCUCCCGCUUCGUAUGCUCAAGACGUGAAGCUACCUGCGGCCACCGAAGCCAACAUCACGAGGUUCGCAGAAACCAUUCUGCCAGCUCACAUCCGUACCUCUUUCGAAGCCGACUUCGUCGUCAAAAAGCCAACAAUGUACGAAUACAUUCACAAGCUUCGCAAGUGGCGUGACAAGUUCGAGUCCAAACUUGAUAGGCGCAAGACAUACGCAUACCUUGAGCAAUACAGUCACCAUCUCAGCGAAUUUCGCUUCCAGAAGUUUGAUGAGGUCGAGGUGCCUGGACAGUACUUGCAACACAAGGACAAGAACCAAGACUUCAUCCGUAUCGAGCGCAUCCUGCCGAUUGUGGACUUGGUCCGCUCUAUCGGUGUCUGCCAUCGCCGAUUGAAGAUUCGCGGCCAUGAUGGCAGUGUUCAUCCAUUCGCCCUUCAGCAUCCAGCAGCCCGUCACUGCCGACGCGAAGAACGAAUCUUGCAGCUGUUCCGACAUUUCAAUAGCAGUUUGAGCAAGCGCAAGGAGAGUCGUAGACGCAAUCUCAACUUCCACCUACCAAUGAUGAUCCCCCUCGCUCCCCACAUUCGCAUGGUUCAGGAUGAUCCAACUUAUAUCUCAUUGCAAGGUGUUUUUGAGGAUCAUUGCCGAAAGAGUGGCAUGUCAAAGGAUGAACCUGUAUUGUUCACGAUGGACAAGAUGAGGGCUUUGGUAGAGGCAAAGAAGCACCCCGAGCAUUCGAUGAGCGCGAGAUUGGAGACAUUCAAUGCCAUUAGAGAGAAAUGGGUUCCGCACACUCUGGCUUUGGAGUACUUCACAAAGACGUAUCCUUCGUUCUCCGAAUUCUGGUUGUUCCGAAGACAGUUCUCGUACCAGUUCGCUGCACUCACCUUCAUGACGUAUAUCCUGCACAUGAACAAUCGAUACCCACACAAGCUCAACAUCGCUCGAGGCACCGGAAACAUCUGGGGCUCCGAAUUGAUGUCGUGUAUGGCAGCCGGGAAAGCCUUCUUCCACAAUCCCGAGCCUGUCCCCUUCCGUCUCACGCCGAACCUGCAAACACUCAUGGGACCUCUUGCCACAGAGGGUAUCUACAGUUGCGCCAUCAUGGCCAUUGCCCGUUGCCUUACCGAACCUGAGUUCGAGCUUGAGCAGCAACUCAGCCUUUUUGUGCGCGACGAGAUGAUCCACUGGUUCACAAGUUCGCAUCGAUCGGCACAGAUGGAGGGCGGUCAGCUGAGAGAGACGGUGCAGACGAACAGCGAAUUGAUUGUCAAGAGGACUUUGAGUCUCGCGCAGAGCCCAGCAGGACCGUUACCUGCGAAUCAGACAGUCAUUGAUCUGGUUGCGAAGGCAGUGAAUCCCAUGAACCUUGCGCAGUGCGAUGCGCUGUUUAUGCCAUACCUGUGAGAUGGAGAUGGCUCUUAGUGAUAAGGAGAAUAAAUUGAGUUGUUAAAUCAUGAAUAUGUAGUGGAUGGGAAAUUGUAGCAUAGGACACGGUACCAAUGGAGUUGGUUGCUGUUGGUUGGGAAAUGGUGGCUUCGGGCAUUUUAGCGUGGCGCCUGGUGGACUUUGCUCGAGGGUUCGUGCUUUUGUGAUUGCGUCUGUAUACUUGGGAUGACCCCAGAUUAUGAUUUUGUUUCUUGUAGUAAUUCAAUUGCGUUCAGCAAUCCC